AUGUCCAAACCUACUAUUGUUUUCGAAACUGAGGCGGUGGCACACCCGUCCGUAGGAGCGGAGCCACCCAACAAAGGCCUAGAAGAUGACACCGCGGCGCUGCGCUCCACUUUAGAAAGGCUUUCUGAUGAUGGCAAAAAUAUUUUCCUAGUCAUGCAUUCAUACGGAGGUUUAGUCGGAAAAAAUGCCCUCAAGGGUUUAGGCUGCAAGCAGCGGAUAGUCUAUUACCACGAUCUAGAUGAUGAGGCACAUAAGAGCGCCAUUACAAGACUCAAGCACCAAUCAGCGCGCAUUUUCACCGACGAGGUCACUUAUGAGCCGUGGUAUGAAAUCCCGAUGUACUUCUUCUGUGAGGCCAACAAAGCGCUUCUGCUGCCUAUACAACAGCAGAUGGCACAGACGCUAGGGAAAGAUGCGCCGACUUUCAAAUCAGUCGAGUCACAUUUGCCUUUUCUAAGCCAGGCCCUGGAGAUUGUUCAAAGUCUGGAGUAUGCGGCCAAGGUUGGCCAAAGUAAGAAAUGA